AUGGAGGUCGCUGGAUAUGAUCGUGCACGAGUUUUAAAAGCUUUCGACGAUGCUAAAACCGGUGUCAAAGGACUUGUUGAUGCUGGAGUCGAAAAGAUCCCUCAAAUUUUCGUUACUCCCCCUGAUAAUGUUGUACAGACAAGUGAUACAAAUAGGGAAGAUUUUAGUAUUCCUGUAAUAGACCUUGAAGGUAUUGGAAAGGAUUCAAUUGUGGAGAAGAUUAGGCAUGCUUCAGAAACUUGGGGAUUUUUUCAGGUGGUUAAUCAUGGGAUUCCAGUUAGUGUACUGGACGAGAUGGUUUGUGGCGUACGCAGGUUUUUUGAACAAGAUACUGAAGUGAAGAAACAAUUCUAUACGCGUGAUGUUAUGAGAAAAAUUGUGUAUAAUAGCAACUUCGAUUUGUAUAGUUCACCUGCAGCUAAUUGGAGGGACACAUUUUUCUGCUUUAUGGCUCCAAAUCCUCCGGAACCAGAAGAAUUGCCAGAUGCAUGCAGGGACAUACAAAUUGAAUAUUCGAAACACAUAUUGAGCUUGGGGUUUCGAAUAUUUGGUCUACUUUCUGAGGCUCUUGGACUUGAAUCUAACCACCUGACGGAUAUGGACUGCGCAAAUGGGCUUGCAGUUCUGUGCCAUUAUUAUCCAGCUUGUCCAGAGCCAGAAUUGACCUUAGGAGCAAGCAAACAUACUGAUGAUAGCUUUCUCACAGUGCUUUUGCAAGACAAAAUAAGAGGCCUUCAGGUUUUUCUCAAAAACCAAUGGAUUAAUAUUCCUCCAGUGCCUGGUGCUCUUGUGGUAAAUAUUGGAGACCUUUUACAGCUUAUAUCAAACGAUAAAUUCAAAACCCCAAAUGUGGCACCCAUGGUGAAGAUUGCUAUGAAAUUCAAUAGUUAG